CCGAAAGGAGGGCUUUGGCCCGAGAACAAAGGUGGUCGGCGCGUGAUUCUACAUGCAGUGCUGGAAACUCCAUCAUUCUCCGUUCGGCCAUCUGCUGAUAGACUUGUGGGUUACUUGUGAGGACAGUCCAAACUGCUGGCUCGAUCUUCGUUAUGUUAACGAAAGCAACUCUCGAAACAAAAACAGCAAUCUCCCCCCGAGUUUGUGCUUAUAGUUGUUAUGUACGUUUUCCGCUCGCUGUCCCUAUACGAAAACCAAGAUUGCCUACUUGGCCUUCCAAUGGUGUCCCUGUGCCUGCCAGGCGGCCACCCAACAGGGAAAUCUCUUCAAUACUGAACGCCAUGGGAAAUCUGUACUUGGUAUAAUUGGUUCCUGAAAAAGACAUCGGGCAAUUUUGCAGAAUGAAGGGAUAGCCUUACACGGAGGUCAUAAUGCUUUAGGAAAUCCACUACGGGACACGAAUAAAGGCAGUUCUUUCACUGUCUCCCGCAGAUGCUCCAUGUUAAGAUACUAGUUCUUUCUGCUGUGGCAGUACAUUCAAGAGCUGUUGGGGGCGCGGAGAGCAUGUCUCAGUGCUACAGUGCGUUCCCUGACCCGAUUCCAGGUUUGAUUCCACUUGAAUUUCCAGCUAAAGUGUUCUCAGAAAACGGGCUAAAGACUCCAAAAGUCAAAGCCGCCACCAAACGGAACAGACAACUGGGACGAAAUAAGUUAAACAACUUCAGUUUCAUACUUUCAUCAAGGACAUAACCUCUGGAGGCAGAACUGUAUUAAAGUACUUCGAAGGUUUAUUCAAAGCGCAUACAAACUGGAAUUCUUAAUGAAUGUCUUGCCUUCCUCUAUUCUUACUCUUUACACUGGGGAUCGCGCAGCGUUUUGACCAACGCUGGAACCGAGUAGCGACUCAUCUCAUAAACUACGCUUCCCAGAAGGCCAUGCACUCUGCCCCUCCCUUUCCUCUGUCCUCCGCCGGGUGUUUUUCGGGGGCGCGCGCGAAGAUGGAUCUCAGCGAAUUCGAACGGGAUAACUCGGCGAAUUGUUUGCUGGCCUCGGCGGUGCCUCCUGUCUGCCGGACUGAGCCCUGUAGUUUGGGCAUCGAUGAGGCAGGCAGGGGACCAGUAUUGGGCCCCAUGGUGUAUGGAAUUUGUUUCUGUCCUGUGUCUCGGCAGGGAGACCUAGAGACACUGAAAGUAGCAGAUUCUAAAACUCUGACAGAAGCUCAGCGGGAAGAACUCUUUGAGAAACUAGAUGCGGCUAAGGAUGUUAUAGGCUGGGCCCUACACAUCCUCUCCCCUAACUUCAUCUCAACUAGUAUGCAGAGGCGGACAAAGUACAACUUGAAUGCACUAUCACACGAUACAGCCAUUGGCCUAAUCCAGCACGCACUAGAUUCUGGAGUGCACGUUGCAGAGGUUUUUGUAGACACAGUGGGACCAGCAGAGAAAUACCAAGAAAAGCUAAAGCAGCAGUUUCCUGAGCUGGAGGUUACAGUGAAGGCCAAGGCAGACUCUCUCUUCCCUGCUGUAAGCGCAGCCAGCAUCUGUGCCAAGGUAGCAAGGGACCGGAUUGUAAAGAAUUGGAAAUUCUUGGAAAACCUAGAAGAUAUGGAAUUGGAUUAUGGCUCUGGCUAUCCCAAUGAUCCCAAGACUAAAGAGUGGCUCACUCAAAGCCUGGACCCAAUCUUUGGCUAUCCACAGUUUGUACGAUUUAGCUGGAGCACAACUCAGAUCAUUCUGGAGAGUAAAGCUGUGCCUGUUCAUUGGGAUGAUACUGAAGAUGACCCAUCCCAGCACAGUGCAAAGUCCUUACUGAGCUACUUUGCCCGGAAAGUUACCCCCUCCAAGCGUACACCCCAUCGCUUCUUUAAUGAACGCAAACUUGAGACAGUGACCAGCCUGUAGAGGGUGGCAGGUGGUUUCUUCUUGCUGAAAACCAUCUUACUUUGGCUUCACAGGAAACUUUCCUGAUGUGACAUCUAGUUUUGAAUUGGCAGUCACAAAUCCUUUGUCCUAGCCACAAAGCAGUGUGAAACCCAAAGGUUCAACUGAAAGGUACAAACUUUAACAGAGAAAGUGUCUGGUCAAUUUUCUUCCUGGACGCCCUCCUGCUUUUGUGAUUGAUUCCUUUUUAAUUAAUAAAUUAACAAAAAACAGUAGUUAGACUUCUUGUUUAAUGUAAAUUAAUAGGUGGUGGUGCCUAAUGAAAGCUGAUCUAAAGGGACUGCGAUGCAUGAAUGCCAGGAAAAGCUGCAAGUGAAAGAUCACACCUUUCUUGAAUGACCUAUCUUAGACAGUGAGUAAGGCAAAGACUCCCUGUCUUCUGCCUGAAAGAGAAAAUGAUUGGUCCACUCCAACUGCUGUCAUUCUGAACCUCAGCAUAGUAUCGGAUCAGUUUUGUGCUGCUGAUCUAGAAGUGAAUUUAGUUUGUCCUGUUAUAUAUUUGAGGCUGGGCUACUUAAUGAAAUUAAUGAAAUUUCACUUCUACUUAAGGUAGAAAUAAAAUCAAUACCAGGAAAGCCUUCUUAGAUAAGAAUUUUUUGUUGUUUCAUGUUUUUUUGCCCAGUCUUAGUGGUAUCCUUGAACUGAAGAUGGGCCACUGUUUCUUAAUUCCUCUUGGAAAGGUCAA